AUGGCAGCCACUAUUCAUAAUGAUCCCAAUAGUAAUAAUGAACAAAAACUACAAAGUAUUCACUUGCUGCCACAUAAAUCUAUAAACACCAACAAUGAAAAUACCCAUCAAAGAAAAGAAUCAUCAUAUUCAAGAAAUUUUUCACUAUUGAAUUAUUACGAGGCAGAAUCACCUUCUCAAAGAGAUAGCUACAUAGAUAUUCAAUCAAUUGAUCCAGAUGAUCUAAACCCAGGAAUUAACGGUUUAGACAUAAACAAUACAACAACUACGCCAAGCAAUGAUAACAAUUACAACAAUACAGAUAUAAGUACUGGAACAAUUCAGUUAGAGCAAGGAUCGUCAAUAAAUACAAACAUCACAAAUCGUAGAUCAUAUAUAAAACCAACUUCAUCAAUAUCAGAUAAACAAAUACUAAACUCCAACAUAGAUAGAUACGGAUUUAAAAAAGUUUCUUCUCAUAGUAAAAUAACAUUAAAUGAUUACAAUAAAUGGUUCAAAGAAUAUUCAGAUUAUUCAAUAAAGAGAAAACAUAAAUGGGAAUUACUUAUGAAAACAAACGGACUAAUUUACAAAACCACUGAUUCAGACUCAAUAGAUCAAAAUAUAAUACCAACAAGAUUCCCACCAAAAUCAGAUAAAGUUAAAAAAUUAAUUCGUAAGGGAAUACCACCUGAAUGGAGAGGAAAUGCAUGGUUUUAUUAUGCUGGAGGGAAUGAAAAAAUGUCAAAUUCAAAUAUAAGUUAUGAACAACUAGUUGAAGCAACUCAUGAAAUAAAAAAUAAGGAUACGGAAAUUAUAGAAAGGGAUUUAUUUAGAACAUUUCCUGAUAAUAUAUAUUUCAAUUCUUCAAUAAUAAUAGAAUUUCAAAAUAAGCCCAAAAUAAAUUCAUCAACUUCAUCAUUUGCAAAUUCAACAACUACGGAAAGAGAUGAAACGGAACUUAUAAAAUCAUUAAGGAGAGUUCUUGUUGCAUUUGCUCAUUAUCAACCACAAAUUGGUUAUUGUCAAUCAUUGAAUUUUUUAGCUGGACUAUUAUUAUUAUUCAUGAAUGAAGAAAAAUCAUUUUGGAUGUUGGUUAUAUUAACAGAACGUAUAAUACCAAAAGUACAUCUGGCGAAUUUGGAAGGUGUUCAUACUGACCAAGGAGUUUUGAUGCUUUGUGUUAAAGAAUACAUACCUGAUUUAUGGGAUAUUUUGGGGACAAAUUUUGAAGGUGAAAAAUUAAAAGAAGAUCAAAUUUUAACAAGAUUACCACCAGUUACUUUAGUUACAUCGUCUUGGUUUAUGUCAUUAUUUGUUGGUAUAUUACCAAUUGAAACAGUAUUGAGGGUUUGGGAUAUAUUAUUUUACGAGAAUAGUAAAACUAUAUUCAGAAUUUCAUUAACUAUUUUCAAGCUUUGUUUAGACGCACCUGAGUUUCAGCUAAGAAAUAAAGGAGGAGAAGAAAAUGAACAAAUUGAAUUAUUUCAAUUCACUCAAAAUUUCCCUAAACAAUUAUUAGAUCCCAAUAUUUUAAUUGAUCAUUGUUUUAAAAAAAUAGGAGGAUACGGAUUUGGAUCAUUAUCACAAGACGAAAUAAACAAAUGUAGAACAUUUGUAGCUAAGCAAAGAGAAAAAAUGAAAUCUAAUAAAUUAAAAGAUUUAACUGGUAUGACUGAUGAAGAAAGACAAACUUUAGCAGAUUCCACUUUUAAUGAUCAUACUUUAAAUGGCGAUUCAAAUAUUCAUGAUGUUUAUGGAUUUCAUAGAUCUAUUAUGAGUGGGAUUGUCUGGAAUAAAAGUAUUAGUAAUAAGGUUAAGAAACGAUUUUCAGGAAAGAAAAGACAAUAA